AUUUUUUCUCCUUUUGAAUUUGAAGCACAUGUCACCAGUAUUAAGAUUUUAACUUUUUUUAUUUUGCUGUAAUAUAAGUUUAAAAUAUAUUUGCUAUAAUGUCAAUGCAUGCCCCAAUAGCUUGAGACUAUAAAAAUGAUGCCAUUAAUUAUUUAAAAAGAAAAUAUAUGGGACUUUGCUUAAUGAUUCUGUCUGAUUCCAGGACAAGAGAAUACAAAAAAGGAGCACAGACUUAAACUGAAUAGUGCCAAAAGAGCACACAGGUCAAAAAAAAGAAGAAGAAGAAGAAGAAACCAAUCCAGGAAGAAUUGAUGUACUUCUAAGCCAAUACAAAGGACUCAAACCUAGUGUGAGACUCAGGUUGAGAAGCUUGACAUACAUUAAGACAUAGGCCUUCCUUGUAUCCACACUCUUUGUGAAAAUACUUGCAGACAAGUAUCUCAAAUUUGGCUCCUACCUGGCUCCUAUAAUCUAGUCCCUUUUCUGUCUUUCAUAGUGUGGCAACUUUCUGUAAUCCUGGCUACUGACUGGGUAAAUGCUUAAUUGCUUAUAUCAUUUUAAUUUGGCCCUGAUUCAAGGACCUGUUAUAGAUUUAUUUUUCCUUUACUUGGAAUUUUUAAACAUAAGACUUUGAUAGUCUAUAUUUCAUCCAAAAAUUAUCUUUUUUUAUUUGGAUUUUUAAAAAAUAUUUUUGAUUUCUCUUGUCAAUUGAUUAUAUACCUCAUAACUCAGUCAUGCAUCCCUAAAUGAUUCCUGUGUUUUUCAAUCACCCUCUUCAUGGGGGAAUGUAUAAAAUAUUAUUUUAAAUUGCAAAGUUUAAAUUCCUUUUGAGAGUAAUUUUAGGUUAAGAAACAUGGUACCCCUCCAAAUCCAGAAACUGUCUGGAGAAGACACCAUGAAGAUUUCUCCACAGCCCACAAGCUGCACAAGAAGAUCCACAGUGAACUUUGGGAUGUGGUGAUUUGAACUGUGUAGGGUGGAAUGCAUUUGUUUUGGAUGUAUACUCUUAUGCCAAUGGGGACUGCCCUCUAAUUGGCUUUUUGUCAAUGUGCCUAGCAAUCUUUGGUUUUGUUCUCUUUUCCUCCUAUCCUCAAAUUAUUAUAAUUUCCUAGCUGGUAUGUUUACAAGACCCAUCAGAGAGACUAGUCUUCCUUGGGCCUCAGGGGGAAAAUCCCCAGAAGUCCUUGGUGUUUCCCAGAAUUCCCUAUAAUCUCACCUGAGUCUCCACCUGGGCAAGAUCACAAUUUAACUGGCAGUAACUCCUACCUCUCUCUCUUCUAUGCUCUGCUCUCUGCUCUUCCAUUGCAAUGAUGUAGUAAGCUAAGUUCGGGGGUUCUGAAUUGGCUAAUCAGCCAUGGGCACAUGAGUUAUUAUUUUGUAUCUUCUUUAUUCCUUGAUUUCUAAUAAUCCUUAAUAUAAUAUAAUAAUCUCUUUUAAAAUAUAAUGUUCUUAUUAUUAGAUGCUAAUUUAUUUUUCAUAGAAUACACUCUAUUCAAACCAGAUCCAAUUUAAUAAAUAUUUACCAAGUACUUACUGCACUGCUUGCUAUGGGAAGAGUACCAUUGCUAGUCACCAGGGCAGAAGAAGAAAAGAAUCAAGCCCUAAAGCAGCUUAUAUUCUACUCUAAGAUUAAGAACUUAGUUUGCCUCUUAAUAAGCUGAACUUCCUUCAAGACUCAGAUCAGGUACAACGUUCUCCAAAAAGCCUUUCCUGAUUCUUCCAGAGAUUCCCUGAUCCUCUCCCCAGUCUACCUUGUAUUAUAUUAAUCUGUGAAUAUGUUGCAACCUGUCCAAGAGAAUUUAAGUACACGGAGGACAUGGACUUUUUCAUUUUCCCAGCGUGGUGCCUAUUGUGGCACAUAGAAGCCAUUUAAUAAAUGUUCCCUGAAAAGGAAAUUAAGACUUCCAGACUUUCUUCAAGUCCCAGCUCAAAUCUCUUUAGCUUGUUUCAUGUUGUCUCCUUGAGAGCAUGGAUUGUCUUUUGUCUUUCCUUGUACCCUCUCAUUGUCUGGCACAUAGUAGGACACUUAGUGGACUGACUGGAGGAGGUAGCAUUUGAAUUGGACUGCAAAGGACGGCUAAAAAUACUAGUCUCAGUGGUGGAAGAGAAGUGUGAGCAGAGGAGUAGAAGUGGGGAAACUAAAUAGGUGACUGGUGCAUCAAGCAAGUGGAGGCGAGUGAUGGAAGAUGAAAUUGACAAUGAGGGAGGGAAAGGGGAUUGUUUCCCUGAGGAACAUCACAGUUCUAAUUCUUAGGAUACGAAGAACUCGUGGGCAUGGAGGCAGUGCACAAAAAAUGCAAAGUUGCCUACUUUCUAGGAAGAUUGGGAAAAAAACCCUCUACUAUGCUUCCCUGGGUAGGAAUGAGAGAACUCUCUCCGCCGAAGCCAUGGCAACCUACCUUCGGAGGUACUCUUUUCGUGACGUCACGUCACAAGAGAGUCAAACACAGUGCAAGGGAAUGACGUUGAGCGCGAAGGUCGUAGGGGAGGGGCGAAUAGGUUUCCACUUACAGAGAUCAAAAUGUCGGCACCAGCAUCACAGACCCCAAGACUACGUAGCUCCGGCUCCGCCUCGGUCCCUCCCUCCUCCCCCGCCCUCAUGUCUCCCUGGGUUUCUGCAAGUCACUGUGAAGUGCCGUGAAGGGGGUCUCUGCGUGCCGGUGGUGACGCCCCUUCCCAUCCCUCGUGCUGGGACUACAUUUCCUAAUCCUCUGAAACUAUGUAGGGGCCUCUGCAGAAGGUUUCUAAGCCCAGCCCAGCCCUGCGGCCCCUGCAAGUUCGAAGAAGGGUGUUCAUGCUCGAGGCAAUUGGGUCGCUUCCUUCCGUCAUUGGUGGGGCCACACUACGAGGGGGGAGCCGUACACCGAUUGGCCAGCGAGACACGUCAGUUAGGGUGGGGCAGGGGCGCAUUCAGCCAUUGGUUUGCUGCUGAAGCCCAGAGAACGGACACCCGGAGGGGAGUGGUGGUGGAGGAGCCUGUGAGCUGGAUAUCGAUUGGUGGAGUCUUUACUGGAGCUGCCGCGGGGGCGGGCCUUCUAGUGAGGUGGAGGUGGGGCAGAGAGGGGGAAGUGGCGGCGGCGGAACGCGCAGGGCCGGCCGGCGGCGGCGAGGCCCGGGACGCUGGCCUAAGGACCUGUGGGGGCGGCGGCGGCGGCGGCGGCGGCGGCGACUGGACUCUGGCUACAGGUUUUUCUGGAAACCCCCUUGGUAAAUGUCAAGAAAGAGGGACACUGACCCAAGACAGAGACUUAACAUCUCCAGCCAAAGAAAUAAAACUCAAGGGGAGAGGGAAAGGGAGAAAAAAGCCCUAGCUGUCUUUGAGAACAGCCAGGUGGAGUCAUCUAAUGUGAGUGAGGAGGGGAAAGGGAGGUGACUGUAUGUGGAUUUUAGGGUCAGUAAAUCACAUGAGACUCUUUAUGUUGGGACUGGGUUAGGAACAGUUGUACUUUUAGAGGACAGGUGAUGAGAAGUGAAAGUGAAUGUGAUCUGGAACCUGGACUUGGCUACGCUCAGAGAGCUUUCCUUCAGUGGCGUUGGUGAGGCCUAUCCUUGUGUUCUGUCAGGGUUGGCACUAAGGAGUGUAACUUACUGAUUGGAGCAGUGGAACAGUGGCCUUGAUUUGUAUUCUGGAAGAUUUAAAAACUUAAAAGAAUAAACAUUCUGGUCCUUCAGCAAUGCUUUCUCUGAAGAAAUAUUUAACAGAAGGACUCUUGCAGUUCACCAUUCUACUAAGUUUGAUUGGAGUGCGAGUGGACGUGGAUACUUACCUGAACUCGCAACUCCCUCCACUUCGGGAGAUCAUCCUGGGGCCCAGUUCUGCCUACACACAGACCCAGUUCCACAAUCUGAGGAAUACCUUGGAUGGCUAUGGUAUCCACCCUAAGAGUGUAGACCUGGACUAUUACUUCACAGCUCGGCGGCUUCUCAACCAGGUGAGGGCCCUGGACAGGUUUCAGGUGCCUACCACAGAGGUGAAUGCCUGGCUGGUCCAUCGAGAUCCUGAGGGCUCAGUGUCUGGCAGUCAACCCAGCUCAGCCCUUGCUCUGGAGAGUGCCAGUGGUCUCCAAGAUGUGACAGGUUCCGAAAGUGGGGUACGAGAAAGUGAAGCUGAGCAGGGUUUCGGGGAAGAGUUGGAAGAUCUUGGGGCCGUGGCUCCUCCAGUCAGCGGAGAGUUAACCAAAGAGGUAGGCAACUCCAUUUGUGGGUGGUUUGGGCCAAGGGGAAGGGAGGAGACUGUUUGCUUGUAUUUGUAUUCCCAGCUCUUAGCACAGGGCCUGGCACAAAGAAUGUCUUAAUAAAUGCUUGUUGACAUUUUCUGUCAA